AUGCGGCCAGCGGGCGGGGUCCUGAUUCCUUCGCCCUGCGACGCCGGCGGCGUUUUCGAAUUUCAAACCCCGCAGGCGCCUGACAUCUCAAAGUUUGUGCUGAAGUCCGGCCUGGUGGACUUUUACGAAUUGCUGGGGGUGGACGAUGACGCGACCCCCGAGGAGAUCAAGCGUGCGUACCGCUCCACCUGCAAGGAGUGCCACCCCGACUUCCUGGGGGACGUCGGCCACAACAUAUGCAUCCUGCUCAAUGAGGCCUACGAGGUGCUGAUGGACGGCACUGCGCGCGCGGCGUACGACUCCCAGCUGGAGGCCGCGCUCGCUGACGAGGCGGACGGCUACACCGGGGAGCCGCUCUCAAAGUGGAUGCCGGCCCUCAAACCGCGGAUGGCGAAAAACGAGAACCCGGCGGAGGACAGGGCCGUGUUCGUGGUGAGAGCGCGCGUGCUGCCGCCGCUGCCGCUGCUGCUGGUGGUGGUGGUGGUGCUCCUGCUGCCGCUGCUCCCGCUGCUGCUGCCGCUGCUGCCGCUGCUGCUGCUGCUGCUGCUGCUGCGCUUCACCCCGAUUUAG